AUGAACGCUGCCUUGGAGAUAAUAUUGAACAUGAAGGAAAACGAACAGAGCCUACAGAGUGGCGAUAACGAGGAUAAAGAAGAAAUACAGGAACUUUGGAGAUACUUAGAUUUUGCUAUAGGCACAGAGGAAGAUGUUAAAUUGCGAAGAGAAAUAAGCAGAGUCUAUGUAGAGGUGAAGAAUGUUAGUCAGAUAAGUGAUGAAUUUAUUUCUGGAAGUUCCGCUGAAGGAUUUAAAUUUCAAUGGAGUGAUCUUGAUAUAAUGUGGUCCUCCACAAAAGGAACUGUUGUCUUGGAAUUAGAAGGGCUGACAUACUCUAGAUAUAUUACAUUCAUUGCAAGUGACAUUGGUUGCAAACCAAGCUUCUGUAAACUUGCGCAUUAUCCAAAAAAGUGUGACAAAGUGUCUGAUGAUGAUUGUUUUUCCAGGAUUAGGUUUUUGGAAAUGUGUCAUAAAUACAGCUUCAAUAAAUGCACCGAUAUCACAAGUCACGGACCAUGUAUUACAUCAUACAUACAAAAGGAAUACGAUGUUUGUUAUUGCUUUCCUAUACACCCAAUUUCUUCAAAUAAGAUUUUGAGGAAUUUUUCAACAAAAUUUUGGAAUAAUUUAAAGUCACGUCUGUUAGAGAAACGUGUUACCUUGAUGCAUGUUGUUCCAAAAGGUCCCACAAAAGGCGAUGUGAAAGGUAUCCAGUGGCUAAAAUCAUUCUGCCUUCAUCACAGCCUUCAUCUUAGAACGGAAUUUUCUGGCAUCUGGAGGACUAUACUUAGCGACACUGUGGUUAGAAAUUUGAUUAUUAUCAAAUUAAUUGUUCGAGCUCAAAAUAUUCGACUUGUAAAUGGGUACACAGCUGCUAUGGGUCGAGUUGAGGUUAAGAAUAACGGUGCAUGGGGAACUGUUUGUGAUGACGACUGGGAUGACAUAGAUGCUGCUGUAGUGUGCUCUAUGCUAGGAUUUUCAAGGGAAAAUGCAGUAAAGAACAGUGCUUUCUUUGGACAAGGACAUGGAAGUAUAUGGAUGGACGAG